AUGACAACUGAAUUGGCUGAUGAAGUAGAAACCAUCAGAAAGACCUUUCCAAUUCUAUUACACGAUGAGGAAUUUUCAGAUGGAGCCAUGCACGUCUCUCUUCGUUAUUCGGAACGUGGUAAUAUCGUAGAGGCUAAUCUGUGUUGGGAUUGUAACAUGUCAUUAGAGGAUUUUGUAAAUAAUACUUGUUGUAAUGAAUAUCAUUUGCCAAUUUAUUUAAAAGAUAGUAUUACUCAUCAAUUGUAUGAAUUAGUUAGAGAGAGACAAUUAGUGAGAAAUGAUCAAAUUACUUGUGAUUUUUUCCAAUCAACUUUUAGACAUCAAGAUGAUGAUGAUGAGGAAUUGAAACAACAAGAAGAACAACAGGCACAUGUACAAUUUGGACAAGCAAUUGAUGAUUAUCGGGAUGAUGAUGAUGAUGAAGAAGGAGAAGGAUGUGAUGAUGAUGAUGAUGAUGAUGAUUAUUAUUACGAUUCGGAAGAUAAUGAAGAUGAUGUGGAACAAGACAAUGAUGAAGAAAAUAAUGAUGAAGAUUAUUCGGAGGAGGAAAUUACAGAAGAAGAGGCAACAACUGAAUCUGAUAUUGGAACUUAUACAACAACUGAAUCGACAAUAAUAGAAACUGAACAGCAUCCAAUGAACUUUUCACAAUUUUACAAGGUUUUUCAUUCAAGUGCUACUAGUCAAAUUACCUUGACCAAAGUAGCAAAUGAUUUAAAGUGUGUAUAUCAGGAUAAAUAUCAAGAAAGAGAUAGAGGCAUUAAUCAAAUUCAAAAAGAACAUAGAGAUGGAGUUGAACAAAAUAAUGAAAGAAUUGAUCAGGUUCAACAAAUGGUUCUUGAUCACAUGAAAGAAUUGGAAGAAUUUGAGGAAAGAUGGAAUUUAGAAUUGAGUGAAUUGAGAACGAAUAUCAAACAAACUUUUUGGAAUUUUGUGCAUGAUUUUGAAAAGGAUGAAGAUAAAUCCAAACCAAAAAACAAGCAAUCCAACACUGUUAGGAGUAAGGAAGAACUCCUACUACCAGGAUUCAGAUUGAUGGAACCAAGAGGCAAACAAUUUGAACUUUUAUUGAGAAAUGAAUUACAAGAAAAGUCAAAUACUCAGAUUGUUUCAAAAUUCGCCUACUUGAAAAGUAUUUUAAAGAGAAUUAAAAAGAAAUCUAAUUCUCCAAAGGUUACUGUCAAUGAUCCUUGGACCGUUGUUGAGGAUUAUGAUGCCAUUGAACAUGUUCAAUCAAGUUCGAGUACUCAUUCUAACAAUCCAGCAUCUAGUCAAGAGCUUGCUAAAUCUGCCCUCAACUCUAUCAAAAUAUUCAUGAAGAGUCUUUUCAGGGAUAACAGAUUACUGACAGAUAUUCCACGAUUGAUUCAAAAUGAAAGAUUCCACGUCUUGUCCUUCUACAAGAAGAUUGAACGAAUGUAUCUCGAGUCAGAUGAAAUUUUCAGUCCAUAUGAUGAUUCAUUUGUUUUCAUUGAGGAUGAGAGUGAGAAGGAGGAUCCAAACAAGAGAUUGUGUGGAAGAAUAUUUGUAAUUUACACUGCUGAUAUGAGCGAUUGUAUUUCUAAAAACUACAAGAAGGAUGAAGAGGAAAGAGACUAUGAGGAGGAGUAUCUUUUAUUCAAAACUAGACACUUGUACAAUUUGUAUCAAUCUAGAUUGAGUGCACUUGUGGUGAGUAGUUGCAUUCAUGAUGAUCCACAGGAUGAGAAUGAUUCUACCAUGAAUCAACAAGUUCUCUCUUGGACUAUGAGGGACAUGGAGAGAAUUUCAUUUGAGGCCAAUCAUGGACAAGGCCCAGAUUUUCAUUUCCCAUCCCUCAAUGAUCAAGUUUCCCAAAUGAAAAGAGACAUUAGAAGAAGGUUGAAGAGACAGGAGGCCAUUGAUUUGGGCGAAUAUUAUUUGACCAAACAUUCAAAUCUGAGUUAUGCCAAUUGCCUAUUCCAUAUGGUUGCACAAUUGGAUUCCAAAAAGGAGCAUAAUCUCGACGAUUACAACAAGAUUCUUCAAGCAUACUCAAAUAUUAUAGAUGAAUGUAGAAAUAUGGGUAUUAGAAAUUUAUCUAUUCAAUUACCACUCUCACUAUCUUACAAACAUCCUAAAAUUGAUGGAAAUUUACCAAAUGGAGAUACUAUUAUAUUGCAAAUUAGGGAUAUUAUGAAGAUUUAUUUAAAGAAACAGAAAGAAUAUGGAUCAUGGUUCCUCCCUAAUCUAUUCUUCUAUUGUCCAAAGAAUCCAAAACAUUCAUCAGGAGAUUUCCAAUGUCAGUGUCACUAUUCCAUUCUCAAAACAUCAGAUGAUAUUUUACAUGUUUCAGGUAGUGAAAAUUCAGACAAUCGCUAUGAAGAAAGUCACAAUGAGAAUGAUAAUCUUCACAAGUACAUUGUUGAACCAUUCUUCAAAUCUUAUUUGAAUUCCAAUAUUCAAUUACCACCUUCAUGGAUGCAAUAA